AUGUCCUUACUCUCUUCCAUCAUCAACAACCCAACAGGAUUAAAACCACAUCAACCACUGAUCAUCCUUCAGUCAUCUUCCGCACAGACAUGUUAUCCUAUCUUGAGGAAUCUGAUCUCAAAUUUCAGACCGACCACCCAGACUUUGCUGUUUUGUUUCUUGCAUUCACCAUCGAACUUGAUAAAUGUUGAUGAGGCUUCAAAUAUCCUUGCGUUCGACUUUACUGGGCGAAUUCCCGGCUAUGACGAUAUGUGGUGUGGUCCUCAGGACGAGAUACUGGCUCACAUCAAUUCUGUACCUCCGGGAUCACUGAAUGUGAUCAUUGACUCGGUGGAUACAUUGACAUCUGACCUCGGGUCUACACCAAAAGCUUACAAGUUCAUUCGGACACUCCUUGGGCUAGUUACAACGCGUUCCGAACCUUCGAUCCUCGCAUUACACCUUCAGCCCAGCCCUCUUCUCAAACUACUGACUCAAACUUCCCUAUCACCGACACUUAUGCAUCUGACUGCGCAUCCCCCAGCCAUCAUCACGCACAUCGCCUCUGCAUAUCUUACACAUCCUCCACCAGCUGGCCCGGCAGAGAAAUUCUGGAGUGUCUUCAUCCCCUUCUCUGAGCGUACACAUGAAAGUGAGCGCCUGGUUUAUGGCUUUGACGGUAAUGGGACGAGUGCCGGUGCGUGGGUGAGCAAAGGCACGAGGGAAUUCGUCGUGGAAAUCCUUAUAAGGGGUGGGGGUAAGCGCGGUGUAGAAAGGACUGUCGAGGGCUGGAAAGGAGAUGUCUCGUGCGAGCUGCAGGCUCUUGAAAGCCUGAAAAGUAUUUGGACCAGGAGAAAACCGGAGGAGGCUCGACCGGAUCCAACGCAGAACGUAUCGUUCAAUCUAAGUCUCACGCCGUUGCAGGAAAAAUUGCGAGCCCAAGUCCCCUUACCUUAUGCACACGAAGGUGAUGCUCCAUGCAACCCUGUUACAACAGCUGGGGCGAUUCUAUAUGACCCUGAUUCUGCCGAUGAUAUCGAUGACGAUGAUCCGGAUGAGGACUUGGAUAUAUAG